CCAUUACAAUGACCAGGAUCUCGGAAAAGGCUGAAGAAAAAAAAUCUCAGGACAGGACAGCUGGAUUGAAGCCAGCCACAGUUGAAGAGUGACCAGCCGUGGAGUAUCUUUGAGGAGGAAGAGGAAGUCGAGCAGCUGACCAGACCUGGCAUCAGAGGGGCGUCUGGAGACCUCUGGACAUAUCCUGAGAUCGACCCUUAUCGGCCAAUCACAUCCUGAGAUCUGACCUUAUCGGCCGACAACUUUUUUUCUGACUUGAGAUGGCACGUGUUCUGUGUGUUCUCGCCAUCGGGCUGUGGGUGUGUGUGCUCGGAUCAACAUCUGCAGAGAGACUGAGCAAGAAUGUUAUCCUUAAAGCCGUCAGUGAUGCCAAGAAGCUUGUUGAUGAUGCCUACACAUACUCCCGCGCUGAGACAUUGAGGCGUGUGAAAAAGCACGCCACCAACCCGGGGUUCCGACUGCGCCUGCUGAAGCAGCCGUCCAGAGACGCGCGCUCGGCUGUGCGGUCCGCGGACUACUUUGCCCAAACUAUGGAGCUGCUGCACAAAAGACACCACGUACACAGACGCUCACUCAACGCCACUGAUUUGCUGAACGAGGAGGACCUGGAGACUAUUGAGCGUCUGACUGGCUGCGCUGCCCGGGUCCGCAAGCCCAACUGCAACACCGUACCGCAUCUGAACAAGUACCGCACGGCUACAGGGCUCUGCAACAACAUAGCUAACCCCCGGCGUGGAGCCUCCAAUACCCCCUUUGCGCGCUGGCUGCCAGCAGAGUACCAGGACGGAGUCUCGCUGCCCCAGACCUGGAACCCCAUCACACUGAGGAAUGGAGCUCUUCUGCCACUGGUGAGGGAGGUGUCCAACCGUAUCGUGGCCACGCGCUUCGAGGACAUCGUGGAGGACAACGUCUUCUCCCACAUGUUGACCUUCUUCGGCCAGUGGACGGACCACGACCUGACCUUGACCCCCACCUCCCCCAGCAUCGUCUCCUUCAACGGCGGCAUCAACUGCGACGAGUCAUGUGACCAAGCGGAGCCCUGCUUCCCCAUCCUCCUCCCUCCCAACGACGUGCGGCGUGGCAAGAACUCCCACGGCUGCAUCCCGUUCUUCCAGUCGGCGCCGGCCUGCGGUACGGGUAACACAGGACACAUCUUCGGAGCGGCCACCGAGAAGCAGCAGCUCAACGUUCUCACCUCCUACCUGGACGCGGGACAGGUGUACGGCGCGGAUGACAAGAUGGCCAUGGAGGUGCGCGACCUGACCAGCGCCGAGGGCCUGCUGCGGGUCAACCAGAACUUCACCGACAACGGACGCCACCUGCUGCCCUUUGGCCAGACCGACAUGUGCGCCAACCGGCCUGAGAUCACGGGCGACGAGAACGCAGAGAACGUGCCCUGCUUCCUCGCAGGUGAGGAGCGUGUGGUUGAGAACAUGGCCUUGACUGCUUUGCAUACCGUGAUGAUGCGGGAACACAACCGCCUGGCGCGCGCCCUGGCCCACAUGAACCCUCACUGGAGCGGAGAGACCCUCUUCCAGGAGGCGCGCAAGAUCAUCGGCGGAUACCACCAGGUGAUCACGUUCCGUGACUACCUGGGCCCCAUCGUGGGUCCGGACAUGAUGAAGGCUCUGGGCCCGUAUCCCGGUUACGACGAGGACGUGGAUCCCACCGCAGCCAACGUCUUCGCCACGGCUGCCUUCCGCUACGCCCACCCCGCAAUACAGCCCUUCAUGUUCCGGCUGGACGAGAGGUACCAAGAACAUCCCAAGUUCCCCAGCGUGCUCAUGUCCAAGAACUUCUUCACACCUUGGAGAGUGGUCUUUGAGGGGGGUGUGGACCCCAUCAUCAGAGGGCUGAUUGGCCGUCCUGCUAAGCUGAAUACCCAGGACACCCUGCUGCACGACGAGCUGCGUGAACGCCUCUUCCGGUUCGUGGAGGAGGUGACCCUUGACCUGUCAGCCCUCAACAUGCAGAGAGGCCGAGACCACGGACUUCCUGGUUACAACAGCUGGCGUAAGUUCUGUGGCCUGUCGCAGCCGCGUACGGUGGAGGAGCUGGCCGUGGUGCUGAACAACAAGGAGCUAGCGCGCAGCCUGCUGGAGCUGUACGGCACGGCCGACAACAUCGACGUGUGGCUGGGGGGCGUGGCCGAGCCCUUCGUCAGGGGGGGCCGCGUGGGGCCGCUCUUCGCCUGCCUCAUCGCCAGACAGUUCCAGUCGAUACGGGUGGGGGACAGGCUGUGGUGGGAGAACAAGGGUGUCUUCACUGAUGCCCAGCGCGAGUCUUUGAAGUCCGUCUCUCUGGCACGCAUCAUCUGCGACAACACGGGCAUCCUGAGCGUGCCCGAGAGAGUCUUCGAGUACCGCCCCGACGGCUCCGGCUUCACCAGCUGCCAGCACAUCCCGACCUUUGACCUCAGCCCCUGGAAGGACAACAGCAUGGACCAAGGCCAGCUGCACGUGGGCUUCGUGGCGCGACUGGGCAACUACGGCUUCCCGCACUCGGGCAAGCCCAUCGCCUUCCGCAGCGUCGUCUACAACUACCAGGACGCGUACAACGCCCACACGGGCGUGUUCACCUGCAAACAGCCCGGCGUCUACCAGUUCAACUUCUUCUGCAAGCUGUUCCUGAACGUGGGCACGGUGAGCCUGCACCACAAUGGCCGGGUGGUUCAGCGCUCGCUGACGCUGCACCAGGGCGGCCACGCCACGGCCACCGGGGCCACCGUGCUGCCGCUGGUGACCGGAGACACCGUCUACCUCACCGCCAACUUCCUGCACGCUGGCAACGGCCUCACCACCGACAGCUCCUUCUCUGGUCACCUGCUCUUCUGAAGCUUCUUCUCUGGUCAUCUCC